GGCGCUCCUCUACUUGUAGGAGGGGUCGGUAGCAGACUAUAAUUUCUGUAACUGAUGACGCUCGGCGCAUAAAACUGUUAAACGCUGAAAUAGGGGUUUCACAGUGGUAGGAGUUGGAUCGCUUUCUACAAUCACUUAAAAUUAGGAGAGAAAUGGAGGAACAAAUAAUAUCGCAAUUCAUAUCCCAAUGAAGAGGAACUGUCGUUGGAUCAUUUGGGGAAACACGCUCUAUAUGAAGGAAUUUGGCGCAACAAGUUCCAAGAAGGAUGCCAGCAGUCUAAACUGAAGUAGACCCUUUUUUAUUCUGAAAUAGAAAAAAAACGACCUCCUUUGAUACCUUUAGUUUUAAUAAUAAGUAACCUAUAUAUGCAUAACGUAAGUUGUGAACUUUGCAAGGCAUCAACAAUGUUUUGCAAAAGUUAGCGGAGUGGUAUCUUUACAUUGUUUUACAAGCUUUGAUAUACAUUUUCUCACUAGAAAAGACCGGUUUCUUUUCCCUCACCAAGGCCCAUUUUUUUUAAAUCCACGCAGCGUGAUGGCAAAGAUUAAUUUCGCAUUGUUUGCAUAUCUUAUCGUGGCGGGACACUGUCUAGCGGUUUGCGCUCAAGCCAAACCAGAUCCACAACUGCGGCAAGUUUCCCACGAUGUUCCAUCGGGACCCGCUUCUGCCACUGCAAGACCCGGAGGCAGCAGAAACCCUUUCAUGGGUCAAAACAUCUCCAUUCCUCGGCGGCCUAGACUUCCACCACCUCCAAUGUGCACAGGACCCACAGAAAUCCGCGACACUUUCAAGUACAUCAACACGGUGGUGUCCUGUCUCGUGUUUGUUGUUGGCAUAAUCGGAAAUUCCACGUUGCUGAGAAUAAUCUACAAGAACAAGUGCAUGAGGAACGGACCUAAUAUCCUAAUCGCCAGCCUGGCUCUUGGAGAUCUGCUACAUAUAGUGAUUGACAUCCCCAUCAAUGUAUACAAGCUCUUGGCAGAAGAUUGGCCGUUUGGGGUUGGAGUGUGCAAACUGGUCCCGUUUGUUCAGAAGGCUUCGGUUGGAAUUACAGUGUUGAGUUUGUGUGCAUUAAGUAUUGACAGGUAUCGAGCCGUGGCAUCCUGGAACCGCAUUAAGGGCAUCGGCGUACCCAAAUGGACCGCAAUCGAGAUCAUACUGAUCUGGGUGUUGUCAAUCACCCUGGCAGUUCCAGAGGCCGUGGCCUUCGACAUGAUCACCAUGGACUACAAAGGGGAGCAUCUGAGGAUCUGUCUGCUGCAUCCCAUGCAGAAAACACAGUUUAUGCGGUUCUAUAAGACGGCUAAAGACUGGUGGCUGUUCAGCUUCUACUUCUGCAUGCCACUGGCGUGUACAGCUGUCUUUUACACCCUCAUGACCUGCGAGAUGCUGCGCAAGAAGAACGGCAUGCAGAUCGCCCUCAGCGACCAACUCAAACAGAGACGUGAGGUGGCCAAGACUGUGUUCUGCCUGGUCCUGGUGUUCGCCCUGUGCUGGCUCCCUCUGCAUCUCAGCCGCAUCCUCAAACUGACCAUCUACGACGAGGCAGACCCCAACCGCUGUGAGCUGCUCAGUUUCUUCCUGGUGCUGGACUACAUAGGGAUAAACAUGGCUUCCAUGAACUCCUGCAUCAACCCCAUUGCUCUUUAUAUGGUCAGCAAGCGCUUCAAGAGCUGCUUCCGGUCAUGCCUGUGCUGUUGGUGCCUGCCCCCUGAGAUGCUCUCCAUGGACGACAAGCAGUCCUGUCUGAAGCUCAAGCCCACGGACAGGGCCUCGGACCAGAGCAACUCCCGCGUCACCAACAAGUACACCUCCACCUGAGCAAGACCCCCCCCCCACCCCCCAUGCCCCCCUCCAGC